CGCUCUCCGGUGCUGAUGUUGCAAACCCGGACUCAGACUUUCUCAGAGCAAAUAAGCAAUCAUGCAUGCUUCAAGUAAUAUCGACGCCAGUUAAGAGGGGGUGAAUGGGGAGCCGGUUAUCCCGGCGGCACAACUAUUAACCUUGAUGUUACCGGCCGCCUCCUGCAGCUAGCUGCAAGUUUGACAUCCGCCUCAGGAGGAGGAGGAGAAGAAGGAGGAGGAACCGGAGGUUUGGCUAAUAAGCUAGCCGGUACAGGGCAAGGCGGCCCGUGCAUGUCUUCCUCUCCACUUACUGCUAAAGGGAAAUCUUGCGGUUCAUGUUUCGUCAAGAAGUCAGUGUGACGUCUUUUAUUCCGUCUUGUUCGUAUCUUUUCCACCACGAGAAGAGGAAUAUGUCCAGGUACAACAUCUAUAGCCUGUUAGACUGGGUCUACGGCGGGGUGGACCCGAAGUUUGAGGGCAACGGGGGCCCAGAAUGUGCAGCCUUCCUUGCGCCCCAGCAGCGCAUCAGUGAAAGUCUAGUGGUGCUCCUCAUCUCCAUAGUGGAGAUAAGCGUGGCACUGAAGAAAAUCAACAUCUCCAAAGAGCUCAAAGUGGUGGGGAAAGAAUGCACAAGAACAAAGGAGGAUAGUCUAGGCAAGAACUUGUUGCUCGUUGCACUAUGCAUGACUUUUGGAGUGGAGGUGGGCUUCAAAUUCGCGACCAAGACUGUCAUCUACCUGCUGAAUCCGUGCCAUGUGGUCACCAUGAUCCAGAUCUUUCUGCUGGCCUGCCCGCCGUGUAAAACCGCCAUGGUUGUGUUUAGGCUGCAGGUUCAUAUGUUGAACGGGGCUCUCUUGGCUUUAAUGUUUCCUGUGGUCAACACCAGACUGCUGCCGUUUGAAAAGGAGAUUUACUACAUUCAACACUCCAUGUUGUAUCUGGUGCCACUUUACCUUUUCAGGAAAGGAGGCGUGUACAAGCCUGAGCCGCUGGGGGACAUAUGGUGGGCGCUGCUCUCCACAGGCAUCCUCUUCCUCUACCACUUUGUCUUCUUGCAAGUUCUUGGUCUGGUAACCGAGGUGAAUCUCAACAACAUGCUAUGCCCGGCCGUGUCUGAUCCCUUUUACGGACCUUGGUACCGUGUGUGGGCGGCGGGCCACCAGACCCUUCUGACGCUAAUCCACGGGAAGGUUCUGACACUACUCUCGCAACACACGGGCCCCGUGUGCAGACACCUGCUGGAUUCGCUCCGACUGCGCAGCAAGAAAGUCGAAUGAAGCGCCGAAUACGUGCGAGCCUUUCACUCUCGAUGCCUUUUACGUUGCUUUUAUUGACCAUUUUCUAGUCCAUCUUUUACCGUUUUAAUGUUGUCCCCUGCAUCGGUACACGACUUGCACGUACAUUUGUUCAGACAUAUGCAGGAGAUGUUCUCUCACGCUGCCUUUUUAUUUUGGACCCAUCACAGAUCUGCUGUUGUCCCUCUUUCACGUGGCGAAUGCGCACUCAUACUAGUCAAUGUAUUUGUAUCAAGGUGUUUUUUUUGUUUGUUUGUUAUGCACUGUAAAUGUGAAUUCAAGUCUAUCUGGUUAUCGUGGGAGGAGGGCCAUCAAUGUUGUCAUGAUUGAUAGGAGAGUGUUUUGUGUUGAAAGGAAGAAGGGAAAGUUAUUUAAGUCAAUGUAUGUUUUCCCUUUUCCAGCCAUCAAGUUAUGUGAUGAGAAGGGAACAUUAAGUGUGUUGCUUAAGCGCACUCUUGUGGAAUUUAGAAGGACAUCGAUCAAAAAUGCGCAAUUUUUAAUUGAUUAUACUAAUUGUGCAAUGUUUUUGGAUGAAAUCCUACUGAAUUCCAGUUCAAAUGUUUGGUCAUUGUUGAGAUGAAUGAGGAUUUGCAGGAUUAUUCCGCCAAGGAAGUUGCGCUUUUGUCGUCACGUACGUUUUGUCAGGAGAGAUUUAUUUGCCAUGGUGAAACUUGAAUAGCGUGUUGCUCGAUGCUCCUGUUGAUAUUCACGAGGACUUGUCGGAAUCCUCCGCUAAUACGAGACCAAAUUAUCCGAUAAUCACUUUGGGUGAUUUAGUAACGACGGAAAGAAAUUUUUCUUCAGUCAGGUUACGUAUCAUUUCAAGUAUGUGUGUGGGUUGCGUCAUUGUAGCAUAUUAUAGUACGCAUAUAUUGUAUACUUUGAUGUAAAGAAGGGAUGCUUUUCUACUCUUAAGGGAUGAUGUAGGUUCUUAAUUAAAAUUUACUUCGGUUGA